AACAGAAUAGGCCUCUCUGGAGGGCGUGCACGGCGCACCAUUCCCCGUGCGUGUGCCAACCCAGCCCCUUCACUAUGGCACUCCCUACUUCUUUGACUCCAUUCACAUUUCUCCUUUCAUCUUCAUUUUUAUCGCAUAUUCUCCUCAUCGUAGCUGUUUCCGACAAAGAAUUGCUCCUCGGAUUCAAAGACUCUAUCGAAAACAAAGAUGUAUUGUCUUCCUGGAAUGAAUCCGUCCCUCCAUGUUCUCCCAAACAAAACAACUGGCCUUACGUUCAGUGUUAUAAGGGACACGUCUGGGGGUUGACGCUCGAGAACAUGAGACUCAAAGGGGUCGUUGACGUUCAAACCCUCGUCAAACUACCCUAUCUCCGAACCUUAAGCCUCAAGAACAAUGAUUUUAACACUGAAUGGCCUUACAUCAACGGCAUGCAGGGUUUGAAGGCCCUUUUUCUUUCCAAUAACAAGUUCUUUGGGGAGGUUCCUGCUCAGGCUUUUCAGGACAUGAAAUGGUUAAAGAAAAUCCAUUUGUCCAACAACCGCUUCACCGGUCAUAUUCCAACUUCCCUCACAUCCAUGCGCAGGCUUAUGGAGUUGAAGCUCGACGGAAACCAAUUCUCCGGCUCCAUUCCCAAUUUCCUACGUCCAUUGAAAUCUUUUACUGUAUCUGAUAACAAAUUAGAGGGAGAAAUCCCAGAAGGCCUCCGUGACAUGCCAGCUUCAGCUUUCUCUGGUAAUGAAGGGCUAUGUGGAGCACCAUUAGAAUCAUGCCACUCCAAAAAGCAAUCACCUUUGAGUAUUAUUGUGACUGUGGUUCUUGUUGUUGUAGCUCUGCUUGUUAUUGGAGCAGUAGUAUUGCUAGUCCUUCGUCGGAGAAGAGAGCAGGUGCCAGACCCGGAUCCAGAUCCAGAUCCAGGUGUGCCUGAGGAAAAUCCACCAUCAAUGAUCCACAAGAAAGCACGAAGCAGGGAACCAUCAGAGGAAGGAAGUCACAGGUCCCGCGCCUCGAGCCGCGUCAGCAAAAGAGACAACCUGAUGUUAUCGUUUGUGAGGGAUAACCAAGAGCAGUUUGAUUUGCAUGAACUACUGAGAGCCUCAGCUCAGAUACUGGGUAGUGGUUGUUACAGCUCUUCCUACAAGGCUUCUUUGUUAGAUGGACCAGUGAUGGUGGUCAAGAGAUUCAAGCAAAUGAACAAUGUGGGAAGGGAAGAGUUUCAGGAGCACAUGCGACGGCUUGGACGCUUAAACCAUCCUAAUCUGCUUCCUCUCGUUGCCUACUACUACAGAAAGGAGGAGAAACUCUUCGUUACUAACUAUGUUCACAAUGGCAGCUUGGCUAUUCGCCUCCACGGAUACCAAGCUCUAGGGCAGCAAAGCCUGGAUUGGGAGAGUAGGUUGAAGAUAGUGAAAGGCAUAGCAGAAGGACUUCAAUAUCUUUACACGGAUAUGCCAAGUUUAAUUGCGGCGCAUGGACAUCUGAAGUCCUCCAACGUGCUUCUGAAUGAAUCUUUGGAGCCCCUUCUGAUGGACUAUGGGUUGGUACCAGUGAUAAACCAAGACCUUGCUCCUGAAAUAAUGGUGAUCUACAAAUCCCCAGAGUAUUUGCAGCAUGGUCGCAUUACAAAGAAGACUGAUGUGUGGAGUCUUGGGAUAAUCAUCUUGGAGAUUCUAACGGGAAAUCUUCCUGCUAACUUUCUACAAGGUACAGGAAGCGAGUUGAGUAUGGCAAACUGGGUCCAUUCGGUUGUGAGGGAAGAGUAUAGUGAGGUGUUUGAUAAGGAUAUGGAGGUAACAAAAAACAGUGAGGGAGAGAUGAUAAAGCUUUUGAAGAUUGCAUUGGCUUGUUGUGAAGGGGAUGUUGACAAGAGAUGGGACUUAAAAGAAGUUGUAGAUAGAAUUCAUCAAGUAAAGGAAACUGAUAACGAGGAUCACAAUUCCCGUUCUUCUUCUUCUAAUGCUAGUGAAGUUCAAGUCAAGCAGACUCAGUCAGGUGAAGUUAGUUUCUCCAUAGAUGGUUGAAUGAAGGGAAUGGAAUGCAUCCAUGGCAAGUCAUGUGAUGAGAUAGAUUUUGAAGUUGAUUCAACUCAUUUCUUCAGUAGUUUCAUUUAUUCCAACUUAUACCUUGAAGCUUCUAAUUUGAUGCUUGGUUCGUAUUAUCUUCUCAUUCUUUUCUAGAAGAGAGCAUGUACAUUAACUUAGGAAGGAAAAUAGAAUAGACUCAGCAUUCUUGUGCACAAGAAAUGUAUUGUCAUUGUCAUGAGGUCGGUAUAAAUGUUAUUGUAUAACUCAAAUGGAUGAUUAUUCAUUCAGAAGUUCUCAGAUGAUGAUAACUGAAUUAAGGACCCUUUGAGUUGAUCAACAAAAGAACACAGAAUAUAAAUGUAUAUAUAGCUAUAAGAAUGUAUAGACACCCUUAACUUUGUUCAUGAGAUUGAUCAUGAAUAUUUGGAAGUUGUGGAGGUCUGUGAUGGCACACUUCUUGCAACAGUUGGAAAAGGUGUAGAUUUUGCAAUCUCCUGGAUUGAGAAUGCUUCCCAGAUCAAGUUU